UGCACAUACGAGGCUUUCCGGUGUACAGCAAGAUGCCCAUUUCCGCCAAGUUUGUGUCAGCACCUUUCGCCCUGAGGCCUGAAGAACGACGUGGACUGGAAAGAGUGAGCAGCCACCACAGCAGCCGGCAGAGUCCCGCGCUUCUCGCCGGGACGUCCGCGGGCGUUGCGCUUUGUGGCGGAAACAUCAGGCGCGCGGGGGACACGUGGCAGCAGUCUGCUGCGCUCCGCGCAGAUGCGCGAAUGCCUGCCGCGUGGCCGGAGCUGAUUCGUCGUCUGGUAACCGCAGUGGCGGUUCCGUUACAGCUGAUGGUUACCGCACUGGCGCCGUCGCUGCACACGCUGUGCAAGCAGGAGACGGGCCGUGCACGGAGGUCGGAUGUGACAUUAUCGAACGGAUUGCAGAGCUGAUUCGGCGCACGCAUUCCCCUGAGCGUG